AAUUCGUCAUUAGAUAUAAAACCCUAAUGCCCCUCUUUCGGUGCUUCCAUUUAUAGUCUCAGUCUUCUUCUCUUCUCUUCUCUUCUCUUCUCUUGUCUCACGAUCUCAACGGAGCACCUCUCUUCAGGUCGCCAUCUAGACUGCAAUCAUGGCUGAUGGACCACAGCAUCCAUCAGUUGUUCAGAAGCUAGCUGGACAGUCUUACCUGGUGUCCAGGCUAAGCCCCAACUUUAACUCUGGGAAUUAUUCCUCGACUGUUUCUUACUUCAAUGGAGGACUGCACUCUUCUGGGUUGGCUGUUGUGUCGCCUGGAUCUCCAGUUACUGUGCAUGCUCCAGCAGAGAAAGGAGUGAGUGGAUUUCUAGUGGAUUUUCUGAUGGGUGGAGUGUCUGCUGCUGUGUCAAAGACAGCUGCUGCUCCAAUUGAACGAGUCAAAUUGCUUAUCCAAAAUCAGGAUGAAAUGAUCAAAAGUGGUCGGUUAUCUGAGCCAUACAAGGGAAUUGGUGAUUGUUUUGCUCGAACCAUGAAGGAUGAGGGUGUGAUUGCUCUUUGGAGGGGCAAUACUGCUAAUGUUAUCAGAUAUUUCCCUACUCAGGCUCUGAACUUUGCCUUUAAGGAUUACUUCAAGAGACUUUUCAACUUUAAAAAGGACAAAGAUGGCUACUGGAAGUGGUUUGCUGGGAAUUUGGCAUCUGGUGGGGCUGCUGGGGCUUCUUCCCUCUUAUUUGUCUAUUCUUUGGAUUAUGCCCGGACUCGUUUAGCAAACGAUGCAAAGGCCGCAAAGAAGGGUGGUGAGAGGCAGUUUAAUGGCUUGGUUGAUGUUUACAGGAAAACCAUCAAGUCUGAUGGUGUUGCUGGCCUUUAUCGUGGGUUCAACAUAUCAUGUGUUGGAAUUAUAGUGUAUCGCGGUCUUUACUUUGGAAUGUAUGAUUCCCUGAAGCCAGUAGUUUUGGUUGGUGGGUUGCAGGAUAGUUUCUUUGCUAGUUUCCUUUUGGGAUGGGGAAUCACAAUUGGUGCUGGUUUGGCUUCUUACCCCAUUGACACUGUUCGUAGAAGGAUGAUGAUGACUUCUGGAGAGGCUGUGAAGUACAAGAGCUCUUUGCAUGCAUUCCAAACAAUCGUCGCAAAUGAGGGUGCCAAGUCACUCUUCAAAGGUGCUGGUGCAAACAUAUUGCGUGCUGUUGCAGGUGCUGGUGUGCUUGCUGGUUAUGACAAGCUGCAGCUUGUCUUGUUCGGAAAGAAAUACGGAUCUGGUGGAGGUGGCUAAGAUGAUGACGACAAUUUCCUGGGAUAAUCAUGCCGAUUCCCUUGUCAUUUGAAUAAUUUUGGAUGAGAAAUAUUGGUAUUGAUAUUUUCCCAAAUUUAGGACCUUGAUACGUAGAAAUCAUAGUUUUGGAAACAAGAAUUUUCAUUUUGGUUGUUUCAUUUCAUGCCAUCAGCUUAUAAUCCUGAAGUUUGAGAACCCCCCCGGUUGAAAUAAUUAAGACUCGGUUUGAUUGCUCAUGUGUGGUUAAAAUGCGAUUAUUUCUGGUGAAAGUUUCGUUAAAUUCAAGCUCGUUUAAUGGUUAUGGUUAUGUAAAUCUUAAUUAUAUGGUGGUUGAA